UUUAGCUGUUCCUAACGUCUCUCUGUGCCUCCGCGGAGGAAUGCGCCCAAUUAAAUGCCCGCGUCGUCCUGUCUGGGAGAAACCUGCAGAAGAUGGACUGCCUGGAUAGGACUGAAGUGUGUCUGUAGUUUUUUCCCCACCGCUGAUCAUUUCCAGCAGAUUUGGUUGCCACUGGUUGCUACAACUGAGGCGGUGCCUGGCAUCUGCGUCGAAGGUGUAAAAAAAAGCGUCACGGACAGGAAUUUUUACUGCACUCUCCAAGAUUAAAGCCCGCACUGUUGUCCCUGGAGCUUUUUUAAACCUUACAGGAUUAGCCAGAGGGGACGGACAUGGCUGACACCUUAAGGAGACUGGUGAACACAUCUUCCUUCAGCGUUUUGCAGGACAAACUGGAGAGCUGGCACCAAGACUAUCAUGUGAUUUCAUGUGACCAGAAUCUGAAUCGAUGCUGUGAGUUGAUUGAGCUCACCGCCAAGAUCCAGGGUGAGCUGUUCACCAUCCUCAACCACACUGCCACUGAAGGUGGACACUAUGCUGGAGUGGACACUCUCAAAACACGCCUGCUGCCGUGGCUCGGAACGUGCUUCUCCAUGGCGAGGCCCUCAGUCACUGAUGACACCAGCCUACAGCUCAUCCAGGAAUCAGUGGAAAAGGACAGGAAGAUCAGGGAGCUCUCGGUCUGCCAUGACAGCGACAUGCAGAAGAUGGAGACUCAGCUGUGCUCCACUCGCCUCCAGUUGGACUCCGUCAAAGCAGAAUUGGCUGAUGCUCACAUGGAACUGGAUGAGACAAAGAACAAGUCAGCAACCACUCUGCUGGCCACGGAAGAUGAAAUAUUACAGCUAAAAGCAGAUUUGCGUGCCGCACAUGAGAAAGCGGAGAGUUAUAGGAGGAAGCUGGACACUCUUGAUGACUAUGAGCGGCAGAUUCGUUUGCUGAGAGAGGAAGUAUCCUUCUUGACCACAGAGAAGGCUAUGCUGCAGGAGAGGUUGGUGAGAAGUCGUUCUCCGAGCCCCUUGCCCAGGCGCAGCCGCUCCUACAGCCCCCUCAGGAGUGAGUCCCCCACCAGAGCCCAGCUCACUAACUCCUCCCGCCACGCACGCCUUGUGUCUCGCUUCAGUGACCUGUACGCUGUUGAACGUCUGGAGGCCCAGAGCUUGCUGCGACGCUACAUUGAUGACUUAGAGAUGGUUCAGAAAAUCAUCUUCAUUGCUGUCAUGGAAUCCUUUCAGGCAGCGAAGCUAGCUUACCGUCAGUUCAAGCUGCGUGUGAGGAAGACGUUGUCCCCAUCCCAUCAUGGACCAGAGAGUCUGGAGGAUGCAGCUGUGGACUACAUCGUCAGAAACCUGGACCUUUAUGAUGUUCAGGCCAGCGUCAAUGAAGUUAUCAAUGCCAUGAAUGUUAACCCGCGGAUCUCCUUCCCACCAGAGGUGGACUUUGUCCUCAUCAGUAAUUUGAUCAGGGAGACAUGCAGGGUGGCCUUCGCCAUGCAGACUCUGGACCCCCCUCUUGACCUGGCCUUUGCCAACAAUGGAGAACUCCACAAUGAUAACAAGUAUCGUCGUAGCUAUGACUCUGAGUUUACUGCCCCUCUGGUGGCAUACCAUGUGUGGCCAGCUCUGAUGGAGGGAGACACUGUGAUGGUGAAGGGAGAGGCAGUGACCAGAAGAGGCGCUCUGUGGAGGAGUAGAAGCCGAAGCAGGAGUGCCAGCCCUAUGCGCUCUCGCUCUGUCAGCCCAACUCGCAGCCUGGCAUUUAACAACAGCAGAAGCCUGUCUCCUGGACGCCUCACAGCCAGCCGACUGUAAGCCAAGGCACAGCAGGACAAAAAUCUACACUCCUGUUUCAUGUUAGGGAAACAACAUCUGGUUCAAGUCUUGUUUAUCUACUGGAUUACAGCUUUCCUUGUUUGUUUCCACUAAAUAAAGCAUUUAAAACCCAAGACCCCAACAGCACUACAGGCUGUUCAGAGUUUACAUCGUGGGAGCUCAGUUUUAUAUGAUCCUGAUUAGCUAGAGGUUAGUCCAUCUCUGAUAAAGUGUAGUAAUCUGGCAGCUAACUGUACUGGUCUCUUAGUUUACCGUAUUUAGUGUGAAACUUGAUUUGGGUUAGUUUUAGUAUAAGUAUUUACAUGAUCAACAGAAAUGUCAAGUGAUUUGUCAGAGGAAAACUAGACCUGCACGGUAGCACUUUCUUAGUCUGGUAGGUAUCACUAUAGGAACCAUAUUGGAUCUUUGUCCCUUAUUGACUUUUUUCCUCUCUUUAUAUAUCACCAAAAGUAAUGUUCACUUCUCCUAUGUCAACUUUCUGUAGAACAUAUGGUGCUAAAGGUCAGCAACAACUCCAACUCCAAAAAUACUUGAGUGACUGAUAUUGGCUACAGCAAGUCCAAGUGUUACUGGUUGCUGUGGUUUUUGAUGUGAUUUUUUUUUUCUUUUUGGUGCUUUGGUUUCAUAUUUUGAUAAUUGUUCUGAGAUGCAAGUGGUACCUUGUGUGUUUUCAUACGUUUUAUGUUAACAUGGUAGAAUAGUAGGUAAUGGAUAGUAAUGAAAUGAGUAGCUGGAGAAGAUACAUUUUUAUAUUUUAAUUUUCCAAAUAAUAGUGUAGAUAGUAUACACAAGUUGGGUGAGUAACUACUUAUUUUGCAGCAACAAAUUCAAUAUCUUGAAAAAGCUGUUGUUGUUUUUCUAAUUUACAGUUUUGUUUUGAGUUACAUGUACUGUAAAUCGCCACAGAAAUCAUAAUAUGCUAUAGUACUAUACAUAAUUUAGCCUUGACUGGCUUGAACUCACCAAAUAUGAGUGAGGAAGAUAAAUUCAUAUUGAUUUAAUUUGUUGGGUGUCUGAGUGCUGAAAAUAUUUUUGAAUGU